UGCGCUGAACUGCGUAGAUUGCACAAAUUUCUCUGGAAAUAACUGCAGCGGCCAAUCCAUGACGUGCCCCGCAGACUGCGAUGUCUGUCUGUCCACCUUGGUUCAGUAUGAAAUGGACACAUCAAAUCCUGAAAGCCAAAGUCUUCUCCAGUCUAUCGGCCCAAGGCCACCUCUGGUGUUUGUGAGGGGCUGUGGCCAGUCUGCGGAGUGUAAAGAUGUCCUCAUACUGCGGACCCCUUACAAUAGGAUGGUAACAAGCAGCACCUGCUGUAAGACAGAUCUGUGCUCAUCGGCGCUCCCUACAGUGAUCCCUGAAGCCUCUAACAACGGUCUCGCCUGCAACGGCUGCUUUCAGACCACAUCUUGCCUGGAUUUUACACCUGUGUAUUGCAGGGGCAGCGAGUCGCGCUGCUUCUCCUACUCCAACCUGCAGCUGAAUGACAAUGUGUCUGUCUCCAUGGCCGGAUGUGCGACCGAGACCGCCUGCGACAUUGACCUCCAGCAGGGGAAUCUCACCGUGUGCAGGGACGGGGUUCACAGCGGGAGCCGGGUUGUUCCUAGCUCGCUGCUCCUCAUCGCCGCCGGACUGUCUGUUACGUACAUCUUGUAUCUCACGCCUGGCGCGUCCUAAACACAGCCUCCGUCACCCUCAUCUCCCGGAGCCAAACAUGCUACAGAAUAAGUUUGCAAGAAAAAAUCCCGCACCUGGAGUCUACAAUAGUAGUAGAUUUUAAUGUUAGGGAUUGUAUAUUCAGUUCUUAAUGUAUCUAAUACCUAUAUAUAUGUGAAUAUCGGUGCUACCCACUGAUCCAAAAAUAUAUAUGAAAAAGAAAAAUUGUA